CAAUAAAUAAUAGUGCAGGUAAAACAAAUGCUCUGAGCUGCCCCUGCCUGAUUGCGGGUUUUAUGCAUCAACAAAUCCAAUGCGUUGCCAGCUAAACUUCUCUAGUAGUAGGUAUUAGCAGUGGAGCUCAGCUCAGCUCAAUAAUUUUCAUCUUCAAAUCCAUCCCCUGCUUACCAUGAUGCAGAGAUGGAGCAGGAAGAGAUCCCAUUUUCCUUUGGCUGCUUUUGUCUUGCUCGUCUUCAUAGCUUGUUCAAUUCUCUAUAACGAAAGUAGCAUUCAACACAUCCAUGAACACUCAGAUCAUGUCUCUCGCAAACCAGAAACUACAGCUGCUUAUAUUAAACCAAAUCUUCCUACCCACUCGACGCGAGCUCCAGAGUUUUUGGAUAGGUUCGUUAGUUGCAACUCUACUAGAGUGUACAUUGGUAAGAAAAUCCGGUUGGUUGAUCCGAAACUGAAAUUGGAUCGACGGAGAGAGGGUUUGGAGAGUUGUGAUGUGUUUUCGGGUAAAUGGGUAUUCGAUAAUAUAUCUUAUCCGCUUUACAAUGAGUCCGAUUGUCCGUACAUGUCGGACCAAUUGGCAUGUCACAAGCAUGGAAGGCCUGAUUUGGGAUAUCAGUACUGGAGGUGGCAACCUCACAAUUGCAAUUUGAAGAGAUGGAAUGUGACUGAAAUGUGGGAGAAGUUGAGAGGGAAGAGACUGAUGUUUGUGGGUGAUUCACUAAAUAGAGGGCAAUGGAUAUCGAUGGUGUGUUUGUUACAAUCAGUGAUUCCAGCAGAUAAGAGAUCCAUGUCACCAAAUGCUCCUCUUACCAUUUUCAGGGCAGAGGAAUACAAUGCUACUGUGGAAUUUCUCUGGGCCCCACUUCUUGUUGAUUCUAAUUCUGAUGACCCUGUGAAUCACAGAUUGAAUGAGAGGAUAAUCCGUCCAGAUUCAGUUCUAAAGCAUUCAUCAAAGUGGGAACAUGCUGAUAUACUAGUUUUCAACACGUACUUGUGGUGGAGACAAGGCCCUGUUAAGCUGUUAUGGAGUGAUGAAGAAAAUGGAGCUUGUGAAGAAUUAGAUGGGUUAGGAGCUAUGGAGUUGGCAAUGGAGUCCUGGGCAGAUUGGGUAGCUUCUAAUUCCAAUUCCCAUGAGAAACAGGUCUUCUUUGUGACCAUGUCUCCAACACAUCUCUGGAGCCGGGAGUGGGAGCCUGGAAGUGAAGGAAAUUGCUAUAGCGAGAAGUCCCCUAUUGCUAGGGAGGGCUAUUGGGGAAGUGGCUCUGACUUGCCCACAAUGCACAUGGUAGAAAAAAUCCUCAGCAGAUUGGGUUCGAAGGUUUCUGUUCUUAAUAUCACUCAGUUAUCUGAGUACCGAAAAGAUGGCCACCCUUCCAUCUAUCGAAAAUUUUGGGAAACACUGAGCACCAAACAGUUGUCAGACCCGAAGACCUACUCUGAUUGCAUUCAUUGGUGCUUACCUGGUGUGCCUGAUGGAUGGAAUGAAUUACUAUUCCAUUUUUUGUAAUGCACGUAUAUCCUUCCUGGUCUUAGCAGUUUCAAAUAGCAAUAGUAAAAGAAUUCUAGUGAAGCUCAUGUGUCCCUGGAAGGGAAUGGCUAAACUGCUGCUUAAACGCCUGAUACUUCAGAAGAAACGAUUGGGAAGAACAAGUGAUUCUUGUGGGCUAGCGAUUAGCCAAAGCAAAAGCUUCAGUGCUGUCACAAGUGCUGACUGUGAAUAUAUAUUGAGUGGCUCACACGAACAAAAAGAAAAAUUUUGAUUUGAUUCAGCCCUGAUUUAGUGGGAGCAUAGUCUUGUGGAUUGUUAUUGAAAUUCAGAUAAAAUAAUAUUUAAUUUAGCGAGCUUCAUUUUGCAA